AUGUUCUACAGUCACCCGUUUUCCAUAGCAUGGUGGGAAGUUAAUGAGCAAGGGAAAGCGACGAGCAUCUCCCUUCUGGUCCAGAAGAGAGAUGGGUUUACACAAAGCCUUAUGGAUCACCAGGCCAAAGAGUUCCUUACGUGGUUUGACGGGCCUUACGGUGAACCGGUUGAUCUGUCAUCAUAUAACAAUAUCCUGUUAGUUGCAUCAGGAAUGGGAAUCGCUGCCCAGGUCCCCUAUAUCCGGGAGCUGCUCAACCAUCGCCCGAAAUAUAUUUUUGUGGCGUGGGAACUUGAUGACAAGACCAAUCUCGAUUGGGUCUAUCAGUGGAUGGACCAGCUUCUUUUGCAGGAUCGGGACUCCUACAUCCUUCGGUUCGGCCUUUAUCUGCCCAGUCGUACAAAUAGCCCAGAGCAACCAGAACCUUGGAACAGUAAACAUGAUCGCAUCUGGAAGCUGUCCGGUGAAAUCGACCCUUGGAAGGUAGUAUCAACUGAUUUCUGGACGCAAAGUGGAACUUCAUUGGUGACAGGUAACCCUUGCCAACAAAUAUUUGACGCUCAGUCUAACGUGGUAGUUUCUGCAAAUAAACGUAUCCGAACCAAGAUCACGGAAGUCAUACAGAAAAGAAUGGGGAAUGUUGUUGAUCUACUUGAGCUCCCCUUUCAACCAACGAGCCCGCAAAUACAGCGAUAUCAGAAAACUAAUGCUGGAGAACGGGUAUAG